AUGAAGGUCCUCAGCACUCUAUUCACCCUCCUCGCCGGAUUCGCCCUGGUCCAGGCGGCCGAAGAGGCCCAACACGACAAGCGACAAUGCUACAUUGACCAGAACGGCGUUCAGCACUGCAACAAUGUCCCGGUGAGUGAGCUCCGAUUUGGCCUCGUUUGA